ACUUACUUGUCGAGAGGGCGCACUUUGAGCUUCCAGCUGGCUUUGGUGAAACUUUAUGGUCUUGUUUUUCGUUCGACGUUGUUUCUUAAUUACAUGUCCUCGAAUCUUAUCUGCAAAUAUUAUCAUUGAUACUGAUAUAAAUAAUCAAUAUCUAGAAUCGAUAUACAAGCAAAUUUUUCAUCACAUUAAAAACGAAAAAUUCUGGAUUUAGAAGUUCUGUAUAAUAAAAAUCCUAAUAAUGAAAACAAAAAUUAUCAUUAUAGUAACUUCUGGUCUUUUUAUGACAGAAGUAACUUGGCAAUUAUAUCAAUUAUAUAGACGUUCUCAAAGGAAAGCUAUUAAUAUUUCUAAUGGAUAUGGAAAACAUCUAUGCAAAGAUACUGAGGAUAGUGCAAAAAUCUUUGAAGUCAUGUUUUUUUCAAAAGAUUCUUCUUUGUGUCGACCACAUCUAGAACGCCAAGAAUUUUGUAAAAAGGCAAAUUGUGCAGUAAGACACUUCAGGAGGCUUAUAUAUUAUUUGGAUUCUGCAACUAAUACGUUGGACAUAUGUAUGUAUUUUCUUACAAGUUCAAUCUUAGUAAAGACGAUUAUAAAUGCUUACAAAAGAGGUGUUGUAGUUAGGAUAGUAUUGGAUGAGUCUAUGACACAGAAUGAUGGAAGCCAAAUCAUGAGUUUUCACAAAGAAGGCAUUAAGCCGAAAUUUAAACAACUGGAUGUCUUAAUGCAUCAUAAAUUUAUCAUUAUUGAUAAUAAUAUUUUAAUAACUGGCAGUACAAAUUGGACUAUGGCAGCAUUUUUUGGAAAUUUUGAAAAUUUGAUGGUGACAAAUGAAUCGAGGCUAGUAAAGCCAUUUAUAAAUGAAUUCGAAAAAAUAUGGGCGAUGGUUAAUGCUACAGUCAAUGUUAUGGAAACUGAUUCUAAAACACAUAUUUUAACGUAACAAUUGGUUUAUUUAUUUAUUUCAAGAUAUUUAUUUUUA